AAUAUAGGAUAACAUAAUAAUCAGAUUGGGGCUGAAGUAGCGGAAGUGUGUAUAUAUAUAGAUAUAUAUAUGUCUAGAUAAAAUAGAGACUUACUCAUGGCGCGACUACUCAAGCUAGAAAGUGAGAUGCCACUCGAUCUAAUAGCUGCCGGAGAAAGCCUGAGGGGUCGCUUGGAUCUUGUCUCUUAUGGAUCGUACAAGAUAUACAAGGCUGAUGCUGUGUGGCACUGGACAGGCCUUGAAACAGCCCGGGUGUACUUAUUCCCGUGUUUGUUCCUUCUUGCUGUAUAUUGGGACCUCGCAACUUGAUCUGCUAUCCCACUGACUCAGUACUGCUAGAGGAGUUGGGCGAG